AUUGAUUGAUGGAUAGAUAGGACUAAAGCAUGUUUAAAUGAACAAUGAUUUUGUUCUGGGUUUCUUCGCAUUCCCCAUGUCACACAUUACUGUUGUAUAAAACAGAUUUGGUGCUACAUUUUAUCUGUAGCUAACUGAUCAUUAUUAUGUUCUAAAUAUUAUGCGGCAUUUUUCUUUAAAACAGUACUUAACAGCUUUUGGAAGCCCAAAAUGGGUGAAGUGCGUUGAUGCUGAUGUUUUGAUGGACGAUGAGACCCAUACUUGCCUCUGCAGGUCAUGAGGAAAACAGCAUGCGGUGUGUGCGGAGAACCCAGUUCUCACAGAGAAGAAAGAGAGAACAAGCGGAGUCAGCACUCUGAACUCACUGAUGUACCGCAGUACAGAGAGAGAGGGGAUGGGGCUGUCAAAACACGCUGCGCAUCCUCCUCCUCUUCCUCCUCAUGAGUUCAGCUACAGCAGCGACGCAGUGCAGGAGCGCAGCGCGCGCACAUCCACUGCACUAACAUACAAACCAACGCAACAAGACUGAAGAAUCCGGCGACAACACACAAUUACCCCGCGCUGCAUUCUAUAUGUGAAGUUUCUCUGAUUAAUGUCAACAUUUUCAACGUUUUAGAGUGGAAACCGGUCAUCAUAAAUCCGUUACUGGAGUUCCCUCAAGGCGAAAUUUAACAUUUACACACGCGCUCGUGAGUCUGAGCACGCGACCGCUCUCACUGUCCAGCGCGUGCUGCGAUAAUGCGCCACUCUCACUGAUCACUCUCACCAGUCUCUUCAUGCUAAUUUGAUCGUCUCUACCUUUUCUUCGCGAUUUAGAUUUUAAUUGUAUCACCUUUUGACCUUUCUCCCUUCAGUGAGGCACUCUGAAACAGCUGCUCGAGAAUGUCUGCUGCAGAUGAUGCCAACCCAGCAGGUGCUCCUGGAGGAGCUGGUCCUCCUGCUCCGCCUCCAAACACCACCAGCAACCGCCGACUGCAGCAGACACAAGCACAAGUGGAGGAGGUGGUGGAUAUCAUGCGUGUGAAUGUGGAUAAGGUUCUGGAGAGAGACCAGAAGCUCUCUGAGCUGGACGACAGGGCCGAUGCUCUACAGGCCGGGGCGUCACAGUUCGAAAGCUGUGCUGCCAAACUGAAGAACAAAUACUGGUGGAAGAAUUGCAAGAUGAUGAUUAUUAUGGGUGUCAUUGGAGUCAUCUUCGUUGGAAUCAUUUUCUUGUAUUUCUUCUCUUGAGCCGAUCAACCUGCUACGAACGAGAAAAUGAAUGAGUGAAUGAAGAAAACACAAUCAUGAGCUCUGCCCAUUUUCCACAUCCUUCUCGCUUCAAUCUCGAGGUCUCUACGUUUAGUCAUUUUGCACCUUGGUGUAACAGUAAUACACACAUCUGCUCUCCUUUCUCCUCUACCAGAAUGAGCACAUUUCAGAUUCUCUCUCUCUCUCUCGUUCCCACCCUUCCAGAAUCUCCUGCAUUAUUUAAAUGUUCUGCAGACACGCAGACAUUCAUACAUGAAUGCACAGAGAGAGCAGAAGAAAAAAAACGGACUAAGAAUAAGUGGGAGAGGCCAGGAAGAAAAACAUGAGAGUGAUGAAAUGAUGAAAAACGAGAGAGAGUGCUCAUGGGAAGAGGAGUACAAUACUGUUUAAAAGUUUGAGGUCAGAAUUCUUUUUUUUUUUUUUUUUUAAAGAAAACAAUACUUUUAUUCAUCAAGGAUGCAUUAAUUCGAUCAAUAGUGACAGUGUCAGACAUUCAUAAUGUUUUGAAAGAUUUCACAUUUUUAAGCAUUUAACCACAAAAACAUUAAGAGAGACUUUUCUUGAAGUUUCUUGAGCACCGAAUCGGCAUAUUAAAAUAAUUUCUGAAGGAUCAUGUCACACUGAAGUAAUGAUGCUGAAAAUCACAAGAAUAAAUUACAUCUUCAAAUAGAAAACAGUUAUUUUGCAUUGUAAUAAUAUUUUACAAUAUUACUGUUUUUACUGUAUUUUUUAAAGUCAAAUUAAUGCUUAGAAAAAAUGAGUCACAUGAUCCUUCAGAAAUAAGUGUAAUAAUGCUGUUCUGCUGCUCAAAUUAAACUUUUGAUGACUGCUGAAAACUCAGGUUUGACCAUGAAUUACUUUUUAAUUACAGAAUGAAAUAUAUUAAAAUAGAAUACAGUUAAAUUGUAAUAAUAUUUCACAAUAUUACUGUUUUUUUGAUCAAAUGAAUGCAGCCUUGAUGAGCAUAAGAGCACAUUUAAAAACAAACUUUUGAACGGUAGUGUAUGUGUGAGAGUAAAAUAGAUGAGUAGUAGGUAAACAUCAGGUAAACAUCAUUUCUCUCUCUGUGUUGCCAAAGCUUUCUCAUCUGACCUUUUGGAGAACUUUUAUAAAUUGAUAUCGUCAUAAUCUAUGCCUCUUAACCCAUUAUCACUACUGCUGUUGCCAUUACCUUGAUUCGUGAGCUAUCAUCCACUGAUUUUUAUUCUGAAUGUGUAUGUGUGUACUUAAGAUUCAGACAUUUCCAGAAAAACAGCACAAAUAGACAGAUCAGUUAUGAGAAUAGCUGUGUGUUUUUUUCUACCUACUGUAAAGGUGCACAGGUUAUGAAAAUAAACAGUAAAAAAUAAAAAUACAUGCCGAAACUGUAAUAAAGGGGAAAAGUGAGAACUUGUUCACAUAGAAAGCAUAUAAGGAGUUAAGAAUAAGAAGUUAAUUUGUUUCAUUUGACUUGCAUGGCAGAAUAAUCCCACUGUUUGGCUGUUUUAUGUGUGAUAUGUUUAUUUAUUACUAUUAACUGCCUGUUAUAAGCCUCAUUUUCCUGUUCUGUGGAAAAGCCUCAUCUGGGAACAAGAUGUGAAUGCUACAAGCCUGCCAAAAUGUACUGAAAUUCACAGAUAAUCAAUGCAAACAGAGCAUAAACAAUAAUCUAUACUGCCAUGCAAUGUACAACUGUUGGUUUUCACAUUCCUUUGUCAGCACAGACUUUUAUAUUUUGUUCUGUUGUUGGAGAAUUUAGACGUGUCUAUUUUUCUCUUGUACGAUCAAGUGAGACAAACUAAAAAUGAUGACAUUAUUAUGUGUAUAAAUAUUAAUGAAAGAGGGGUAAUGACAUUAGCUCUGAUGCCAGUGUUAGAUUUUAAUGGCAUAAACAGCAUGCUUAUAUGCCCCUGAUACUUUAAUGAUGCCAAUAAAACCAUUGACCAAA